CGAGUUCUCAACCUCGCCAUGAACCGCCAAAUCCCAACCAGUCUCUUCGUAAGGGAGACGGAGUCGGAUAAGCGUUAGCAGUCCGCGAGCUCUUCGCAUAUGGUUCUCGAGGUGGCGCUCUUUCAAGUGGAGACACACUUUAGUAGUCAUUUCCAAUCCGCAGUUUGGUUCCCCACCUCCGCGGUGUGGAGGUUUAGCGAUAUGCGCUUCGGCUGUUAAGAUUUUACAGGGUUACAUAUUAAGCCAUGGACUUGGCGGUGCCUGCCAAGCAUACCCAUGAAGGGUUUUGCUCUUUUCAUCAAUCUCCCAGGGAAAGCAGAAGGAAUAAUGGUUCCAAAUGGGGUGUUAGGGCAAGUUCUGGUUCAAACUUCAGCAGAGUUAUAGCAUUUGGCGACGGCAGUGCGCGCUUGGUUGUGUUAUCUGUUGAUGGUGUUGGGAGUAGAAGUUUUGGGGUUUCCAGGGGAUGUAGAAGGCAUAGGCUUGAUUGUGUUUUCGCUAUUUCGAGUGUCGAGACUUUUGAUUCUAAUGGGGGAUCCUCGAUUCUGGUGAAAUCCCCUCGUGGGUAUAUAAAUGGGAGUAGUUCCUCGCUGGUCACUUCAUCUUCUUCUCUCGAGGAAUUCGAGAGUAACAAUCGUCUCCGCCGGCUGGUCCGGAACGGCGAACUGGAAGAAGGGUUCAAGUCUCUUGAGAACAUGGUUUAUCAUGGGGACAUUCCCGAUAUCAUUGCUUGCACCAGCCUGAUUCGCGGGUUUUGUAAGCUCGGUAAGACUAGGAAGGCAACUCGAGUGAUGGAAAUUCUAGAGCAAUCGGGGGCCGUUCCUGAUGUUAUCACGUACAAUGUAUUGAUCAGCGGGUAUUGCAGGGCAGGGGAGAUUGACAAUGCUUUGCGGGUUUUGGAACGAAUGAGUGUUGCGCCGGAUGUUGUUACGUAUAAUACUAUAUUGCGGACCUUGUGUGACAAUGGGAAACUGAAACAAGCAAUGCAAGUUCUAGACAUGCAACUGCAGAAGGGGUGUUAUCCCGAUGUAAUUACGUACACCAUAUUAAUCGAAGCUACUUGUAAGGAGUGUGGGGUUGGGCAAGCGAUGAAGCUCUUAGAUGAGAUGAGGAUCAAAGGAUGCAAGCCCGAUGUUGUUACGUAUAAUGUACUCAUCAAUGGGAUAUGCAAGGAGGGACGGUUGGACGAGGCCAUCAAAUUUUUGGAUAACAUGCCUUCCUACGGUUGCCAACCUAACGUCAUAACUCAUAAUAUCAUCUUGCGCAGCAUGUGCAGCACUGGGAGGUGGAUGGACGCGGAGAGGCUUUUGGCCAAUAUGCUUCAGAAAGGUUGUUCUCCUAGUGUUGUUACUUUCAAUAUCUUGAUAAAUUUCUUGUGCCGAAAGGGUUUGUUGGGUCGAGCAAUUGACGUUUUGGAGAAGAUGCCUAGGCAUGGCUGCACUCCAAAUUCAUUGAGUUAUAAUCCUUUGCUUCACGGGUUCUGUAAGGAGAAGAAGAUGGAAAGGGCUAUUGAAUACUUGGAUGUAAUGGUGUCCCGAGGCUGUUACCCUGAUAUAGUUACGUAUAACACUCUGCUCACGGCAUUAUGUAAGGAUGGCAAAGUCGAUGUUGCAGUUGAGAUACUUAAUCAGCUGAGCACCAAAGGUUGCUCUCCUGUUCUGAUCACCUACAAUACAGUCAUCGAUGGGUUGUCGAAGGUGGGUAAAACUGAUCGUGCAAUCGAGCUUUUGGAUGAGAUGCGCCAAAAGGGUCUUAGACCUGAUAUUAUCACCUAUUCCUCUCUCAUAGGGGGUCUUGGCAGAGAAGGGAAGGUUGAUGAAGCAAUCAGGUACUUUCAUGAAUUGGAAGCACUUGGUCUGAAGCCUAAUGCUAUUACGUACAACUCUAUUAUGUUGGGACUUUGUAAGACUAGGCAAACUGACCGGGCAAUUGACUUCUUGGAUUAUAUGGUCUCCAGAAAGUGUAAACCAACUGAAGCUACCUACACCAUUCUCAUUGAGGGCAUAGCUCAUGAAGGGUUCGCCAAGGAGGCGCUGCAGUUACUCAAUGACCUUUGUACCAGAGGAGUCAUAAGAAGGAGUUCUGCUGAACAGGUAGCUGUCAAGAUGUAGCCUAAAACACUUGAGUAUAUGGUCAUUAGGGAGUUCUGGUCUCUAUUUCCUGAGUUCUGCAAUUUUUGGGGCACAUUGUCUUUCACGAGUCUGAAUGUGUAGCCUUUUUUUAACUUAUAACGUGAGGGAGCUUCAAACCAUGUGUUGCCUUCUAAAGCAGGAGCCAGUAUAACAUUACAGGGCGGUAUCGGUACACUGAGUACACCUUUGUUCUUUGAGCUAUCCAUGGUAAAAAUACCUCAUGUUUUUCCUUUGUAGCAAGUUACAGAUCAUCACUUCAUGAAAUUGCACCUAUCUGUGUUGUAAUGUUUGCUUUGCUGCUUGGAAUUAUAGUCCGGUAAUA